AUGAUGCCUGGCGCCUUUCAACUGUCUUCGAGUUCGGCAGGGGUCAAGGCUGGGCACUGCCAUGGUAUUCCCUUGCCACAGAUCAUCUAUGAGAGGCCGAAACGGACGGCAAGAUGCUUCUCCGAUGUGGAGGAGUUCCUCCAGAACAAGGAAGUCUCAUGUCGACGCGUCUGCGUGGAAAGAACAUUCAUGCAUAUCCACCAAGAUGAGGGUCCUGCAAAGAAGAAGAGGAGAAAGAAGGAGAGCGAAGAGGGAACAGUGGAAAAGGUGCCUGCGUGGGAGGAAUACCUCAGAGCGAAUGGAUUCACGAAUUGUCAACUGGUUCAAACCUUUCUUUGGCGCGCAGCCGAAGAAUUGAUCUUCGCUUGUGCACCAUAUCCUUGGAGACCGGACGCUGCACUCCUGGCUGAAGUGCUUCAAAGACCGGCGGAAGAGUUGGCGCGCUGCAACCUGAAACAGGUGCGAAGCAUCACCAAGAAACCACUCUUCAUUUGCUUGCCCUUUGCAUUGCCAGAGGGCUCGGUGCUUGUGGCAGAUGAGGGACUUUGCGCUGAGACCAAGGAGCUGCUGUUUGACUGUGGCACAGUCGCCCUGUUCAUGAGCACUGCGGAGUUCUUGAGGUCUACAAAGCCAGUGCGAGGACCGGCAACAUUGCAGCGCGCACUGCGAGUUGAAAAUGGUUAG